CCUAGUUAUAAAUAAAUCAUUCUUGACAUCUACAUUAUUGCCACAACGAAUCUUUGAAAGCUUCGUUCCAUCGUCUUCAACAUCUGAAAGAAACACACCAGAAAGUUUCUUAAAAAGAAACAAGACAGAAGAUGAGCCAAAAGAUGUUCAGUAGUGAAGUCGAAGGGGGCAAGUUUCUUGUCAGCAUAGAUGUUAUUCAAGAUGCUUUUGGAGCAACUGCCAAAACUUCUUCCACUUAUCAACUUCACACGAAUCCUUCUGGGAUCAAAGUUUUGGCUUUCAACUGUUUGUCUGAUUAUAAAAUUCGUUUUCGUAAUGGAGAAGAUCUGGUUUCAUCAGAUAAGCAUAAAGUCGUUGACUUCAUUUCGACAAAACUCAACCCCAAAUUAUCCAUUAACAAAGCUGCUGUUGAGUUGUUUGAGCUUCAUUUUAAAGAGCUUUCCGAGCUCUCAAAUCAGCUUAUAAAUGAACCGCUGGUUGUCACCGGAUGUGGUCUGGGUGGAUACCUUUCCAUUCUUUACACGCUAUUGCAUCAACAUUAUGCAGAUGUGGAAGAAUCCAAAGGUUCAAAAACUACCAAACGCCCGAUUUGCAUAACUUUUGGUUCUCCCCUUCUUGGUAACCAACAUCUCCAAGGCGCCAUCUCUGAACGCCCACAAUGGAAAUCGUCUUUCCUGAAUGUGGUCGCGAAGACAGAUUUUCUUGCUAGUUUUUUCUCAUCGAAUAGUCAAUACAAGCCUUUCGGCACUUUCCUUUUCUGCACAGAAUCAGGUGGGCACACAGCUUUUGAAGAUCAAGAUGCGAUCUUGGCAGUUCUUGACGCUAUGGUGUCACCAAAUGCUGGAAACGACCAAACGCACGAUUAUAGUAAAGAACUGGUUUCGAUUAGAAAGAAAAUAUUGUAUCGCGGGCCUUCGGAUUUCAGCGAAUCUCACUUGAGUCCAUUAAGGGCCGGGAUUCUUUUCCAGUUUCAAGAAAUCGGUAUGUUGCAUAAUAUUUCGAACGAUUUUAUCGAUAAAAUUGAAAAGAAACAAGUGAAGAUGAUCAAAAUGAAGAAUGUAUACGAGCCCGCAAGAAAGCUAAACGACACGAAGAUAAACUUGACAUUGAUGGAAUGGUACAUGAAGACCCGAAGAUCGAAAGGGGGUUAUUAUGAUGCAUACAAAAAUGCCGAUAUCACAGACAAAUUCGAGAGCAAAGAUGUAAUCAUCAAACUGCAACGUUUCCAGGAGCAGUAUUGGAAGGAAACCGUUAAAAAUAGUGAUCUAAUGUCGCGUAUGCGCUGGCUCUACAAUGGAACGAACUACAGAAGGAUCAUGGAGCCACUAGACAUAGCCGAUUACUAUAAAAGUGGCAGAAAGAACUACAUAGCGAAUCGACCGGAACACUUCGAGUUGUUACAGAAGUUGUCGGAGGAUGAAAAGAAGGUAAGAACGAAGGCUGCUAGUCUUACUGUGGAUUCUUGUUUCUGGGCGCAUGUAGAGGAGGCCUUGAUUUCACUAACAGACUUAAAGAAUGGAGAUCUAAGCAGCACCACAACUGACACCGAUCAGUUUGACUUUGAGGUAUAUCUUUUGGGUGCAAUCAACGAAAAAUCAUUGUCACCGGAUGUUUUCUUGGAAGGAAGCAGCUUAAUGAAAUGGUGGAGUGAGUAUGACGCAUACAAAGGAAGUUCGGGCAAUGCUGAGCUUGCACGAUACAUGAAGAAUGAGAGAUACAAAUCAUAUCAGUAACCUGUUAACUCCGAGUUUGAAUAUCAUAUUUAUAUGUUGCAAUGGUUAUAAACUUGUUAGAAUUAAGUAAAUACACGAAGUAGAAUCUUUCAUAAUUACUUUUA